AACUGCGGAAGUUGGCAUAACCCAAGAUAAAAGGCGAAGGAGACAAGGCGGAAUUGAGCAAACAAUCAAACAAACCACAAAAUAUUGAACCAUUGUAAGAGUUGUCGAAGGAGGCGCUAAUGGAGGCAGCCGAUGAAGCAUUCGAGCUGUUUGAAAGAACAAUGGCGUCGUACGAGGAGGAAGUUUCUCGAAGGAGAGAGGACGAGAGGCGUCGGCAACAACUGGAAACUGUUAGCAAGACUCAAUCUGUGCAACGCAAUGGAGACGUCCAGCAGCCGAUCGGCCGUCAAGAAGGACGUCCCCCUCAGCUGCCGUGUCAGAGCUCCACUUUGAAGCAGGAGGAUCCCCGGCCCCCCCAUAUUAAAGAGGAAGAAGAGGAACUUUGGAUCACUCAGGAUGGAGAGUGUCUUCUCGGGCCGGGGCCAUUGAGUGGUGUCUCCGUGAAGACGGACGACCGUGAAGACAUCCAGCAGCUGAUGGGUCAUCAAGAAGAACGUGCCGCUGAACUGCAGGUGGGGAGCAUCCCUGUGAAGCAGGAGAAUCCUCGGCCCCCCGACCUUAAGGAGGAAAAGAGUCUCUUAGGGCCAGAAGAAGCUGAUCUCACCACGUUGCCUCUGACUGGUGUCUCUGUGAAGACUGAAGAGCGUGAUGACAGCCUCUUAGCGCCGCUAUCAGACAGCGACGGCACAACGUUGCACUCUCCCGAGGCUGACGGCAGCCAGGAAGCUUUGAGCAGCGAUGCGGACUGGGAAGCUGAUAUGAGGACUCACACCGGCAACCAACACCCUGAACACUGGAAAGAGAAGACCUGCUUUACCUGCUCCGUUUGCAGUGAAUCUUUCUCUUCUAAGAGCGAUUUGACGCGACACGCGAGAGCGCAUCCCAAAGAAAAACUCUUUAGUUGCUCAAUAUGCGGCAAAAGAUUUUCUCGAAAGUCAGUUCUCGUAACACACACCAAAACACAUUUGGUGGAAAAACCUUUCAGUUGUUCAGUUUGUGGUAAAGGCUUUGCUCAGAAGGGCGUGAUGGUGGCACACAAGAGAACACACACGGGAGAAAAACCCUUUAGAUGCUCCAUUUGCAGCCAAAGAUUCUCUCGGCAUUCGGGUGUGGUAUCGCACAUGAGAACACACACGGGGGAAAAACCUUUCAGAUGCUCAGUUUGCGGCGACAGUUUUUCUCGAAAGCGCAAUGUCACGCAACACAUGAGAACACACACCGGAGAAAGACCUUACGGCUGUUCGCAGUGCGGCAAAAGAUUCUCCCAAAGGUCAAAUUUGGUAGCGCACACCAGGAUACACACCGGAGAAAAACCUUUCAUGUGCUUAGUUUGUGGCGAAAGUUUCGUGGAUAAGGUCACCCUGAUUGCGCACAAAGGAAUACACACCGGUGAAAAACCAUUUCAUUGCUCAGUCUGCAGUAAAAGCUAUUCUUAUAAGAGAGAUCUCACGGCGCACAUGCGUACACACACGGGAGAAAAACCUUUUAGUUGUUCGCUUUGUGGUAAAAGUUAUUUUUAUAAGAGAAGUUUGAUGGCACACUUGCAGACACACAACGGCGAAUAAAAGAUUGUCACAUCCGCCAACGUCAGACGCCUUCGCUAUGGAGAUAUGGCGGUGGAGAGGCUGCCUGGCGGGAGUGAAGCACCAAAAAGACGGUAUAAAGGUUGCUGUGUAAAGACGGUAUCAACCAUGUUUACCGUUAGUCGUCAUGGGAACGCUAGAUGGAAGCGCUAACGGCGCUUACCCGUCUGCAGAGACGACCGGGACUGCAGCAAGAUUUCUGUAUUUAUUUUAACAAGAUAAUAUACUAUUUUAUUUCAGCGGCUAUUAUUCUCGAAGAUUGUUUACAUUUUAAUAAAACUUUGCACACAUAUUUGACUUUUUUUCUAAAAAUAUACAUAUAUUGAUAUUCAAUAUCGCUCAGCCCUACGUCAAACCGCUAAGAUUAAAAAUAGCUGUGAUUUCUGUAAAUUAAAAAAAAACCCCAACAGGCGACAUUACUCAGAAUGUGCGAGGGUUUUUCUCCUGCCUGAUCACAAACGUUCACUUGAAGAAGAAGGCCCGACGUUGGCCCGAAAACCUUAUCCGCCACCUGGAAGUCCAAUGCCACAGCAUUUGAAAGUGCAAAAGGUUUGCCUCCGUGGAGUCACGCCGGCUGCUGGGCGCAUGUGCCCGAAUACAGUGCACCUUGCUGGCCUAUGCCAGGUGGCUCCUCCCCCUCCAUACUCUGCUUCUCCUGUGGCGGGUGGUAAAGUCAUGAUGUUUGAUUAGGAUAAAUCAACAGGCCCCCAAAUUUACCUCCAAAUGUGCACAUAAAAUCGGUAUGUCAGUCUUGAGAAACAAAGUUAUGGGCUUUGUUUUGAGAAAAAGGGAUGCAGUACAACCUACAAACGACUUUUGCUGUUGAUGUUUUAUGUGCUAUUAUCUUGAUGUCAUGUUUGAAUGUAUUUUAUUUGAGGUUAUUAUUAUUAUUAUUCGGACAUUUUAUUCAAUUCCUUGUGUACUUCUUUUCCAUGCACCGCCAUGACUCAUUUUAUUGCUUGUCUCGGCAAUAAAGAC